AUGUUCGUAUACAAGAGAGAUGGCCAUAAGGAGCCAGUUCAAUUUGAUAAGAUCACUGCGCGUGUGUCACGUCUCUGUUAUGGUUUAGAUGCAAAACAUAUCGAUGCUGUUAAAAUCACUCAGCGUAUUAUUUCUGGUGUUUAUGAAGGUGUUACUACCGUGGAAUUGGAUAAUUUGGCUGCUGAAACAUGUGCUUACAUGACCACUAUCCAUCCAGAUUAUGCUACCCUGGCUGCUAGAAUUGCUAUUUCUAAUUUGCACAAGCAAACUACAAAACAGUUCUCUCAAGUUGUUGACGACUUGUACCAAUGGGUUAAUCCAAGGACUGGUAUUCACUCCCCAAUGAUUUCCGACGAAGUUUAUAAGAUUGUCAUGGAUAAUAAGGACACUUUGAACUCUGCUAUCGUUUACGACAGAGAUUUCCAAUUCAAUUACUUCGGUUUCAAGACCUUAGAACGUUCUUACUUGUUGAGAAUCGAUGGUAAGGUUGCUGAACGUCCACAACACAUGAUUAUGAGAGUGGCUGUUGGUAUUCACGGUAACGAUAUAGAACGAGUAUUAGAGACUUACAACCUAAUGUCUCAAAGAUAUUUCACCCACGCUUCUCCUACAUUGUUCAACGCUGGUACUCCUCAUCCUCAAAUGUCAUCUUGUUUCUUGGUUGCUAUGAAAGAGGAUUCCAUCGAAGGUAUUUACGAUACCUUGAAGGAAUGUGCUAUGAUCUCAAAGACUGCUGGUGGUAUUGGGUUGCACAUUCACAACAUCCGUUCUACUGGUUCUUACAUUGCUGGUACCAACGGAACUUCUAAUGGUAUCAUUCCAAUGAUCCGUGUCUUCAACAACACUGCUCGUUACGUUGACCAAGGUGGUAACAAGAGACCAGGUGCCUUCGCUUUAUACAUUGAACCAUGGCAUUCUGAUAUCUUCGAUUUCAUUGAUAUCAGGAAGAAUCAUGGAAAGGAAGAAAUUCGUGCUAGAGAUUUAUUCCCUGCAUUGUGGAUUCCUGAUUUGUUCAUGAAGAGAGUGGAAAAGAACCAGGACUGGACCUUGUUCUCUCCUAAUGAAGCUCCCGGUUUACCUGACGCUUACGGUGAAGAAUUUGAAGAAAUGUAUGAACGUUACGAAAGAGAAGGUCGUGGUAGAAAAACCGUUAAGGCCCAAAAAUUAUGGUAUGCUAUCUUGGAAGCGCAAACAGAAACAGGUACUCCGUUCAUGCUUUACAAGGAUGCUUGUAACUUGAAGAGCAAUCAAAAGAACCUGGGUACCAUUAAGUCUUCAAACUUGUGUUGUGAAAUUGUCGAAUAUUCUGACCCUACAGAAACCGCCGUUUGUAACUUGGCUUCCAUCGCGUUACCAGCUUUCAUUGAAAGGUCUACCGACGGAAAAACUCAGACAUACAACUUUGAGAAGCUACACAGCAUCGCUAAGGUACUAACACGCAACUUGAACAGAAUCAUAGACCGUAACUAUUACCCAGUUGAAACCGCUAGAAGAUCGAACAUGAGACACAGACCUAUUGCUUUGGGUGUCCAAGGUCUAGCCGACGCUUUUAUGAUGUUGCGUUUGCCAUUUGAUUCUGAAGAAGCUAAGAAACUGAACAUUGAAAUCUUCGAAACCAUUUACCAUGGUGCCUGCGAAGCUUCCAUGGAAUUGGCCAAAGAAGAAGGCCAUUAUGAAACAUUCCCAGGUUCUCCUGCAUCUCAAGGUCAAUUGCAAUUCGAUUUAUGGGGUAAGACACCAACUGCUCUAUGGGACUGGAAUACUUUGAAAGAACAAAUCAAGUUGAAUGGUAUGAGAAACUCAUUGUUGGUUGCUCCAAUGCCAACAGCAUCCACAUCUCAAAUUUUGGGUUACAACGAAUGUUUUGAACCAUACACAUCCAACAUGUACUCUCGUCGUGUUUUGUCUGGUGAGUUCCAAAUUGUCAACCCAUACUUAUUGCAUGACUUGGUUGACUUGGGUAUUUGGGAUGAAGCUAUGAAAUCUCAUAUUAUUGCCGACAAUGGUUCCAUUCAGAACUUACCAAAUAUCCCACAAGAAUUGAAGGACCUAUACAAGACUGUUUGGGAAUUGUCUCAAAAGCAUAUUAUCGACAUGGCGGCCGACCGUGCUGCUUACAUUGAUCAAUCUCAAUCCUUAAAUAUCCAUAUUCGUGCACCAACCAUGGGUAAGUUAACUUCCAUGCAUUUCUACGGAUGGAAAAAGGGUUUGAAGACUGGUAUGUACUACCUAAGAACACAAGCUGCAUCUGCUGCAAUUCAAUUUACUAUCGAUAAGUCUGUUGCAGAACAAGCUGCUAAUAGUGUUGUUGAUCUUUCUAAACUUAACCGCCCAGUUUACAUUCCUCAUAAAGCCAGUGUCAAUGACCAAAGUGUGACACCGGCUGUGGAGGCUUUCAAAGAAGUUUCUCCAGCUCCAUCUAGUGAAGAAUCUAUCGUAAACAGCGUAGCAUCCCUAAAAAUUGAUGACACUCAACCAGUCACUCCAGUUACUCCUGCCGAGUCAGCAAAGGAUGCCGAGGAUGUUAAACAAGCCCCAACCGACGCUAGUGAGUUCGAUAUUUUCAACUCCAAGGUUAUUGCUUGUGCUAUUGAUAACCCAGAAGCUUGUGAAAUGUGUUCCGGAUAA